AUGGUCUGCCCCCAUGGAGUCAGUGAGCCUGAUGAGCUGCCCCACUCUGGUGUCAUGCCUGUGCCCAUCAUGGCAGAGCCGGCACUGGACCACGAGAGACGCUUCCAGGCUGCAGUGGACGUCAUCCACAACCUCCCCAAGAACGGCAGCUACCGGCCUUCAUACGAGGUAAUGCUACGCUUCUACAGCCUGUACAAGCAGGCUGUGUGCGGCCCGUGUGAGGUGUCUCGUCCUGGCUUCUGGGAUCCCGUCGGCCGAUACAAAUGGGACGCAUGGAGGAAACUGGGAGAGAUGAAGAGAGAAAGUGCCAUGGCGGCUUAUGUGGAUGAGAUGAAGAAUGUUGCUCAGGAGGUCAUAGACACGAUGCCCAUGGAUGAGAAGACGGCCUCUUUCUUCCACCACUUCGAGCCUCUCUACCACGUGAUCCACGACAUGCCCAGGCCUCCGGAGUCUCUGCUGACGAUGAAAGAAGAUUUGAUUGAAGUUGGAGCCAAAGUGCCUCUCACCGGCCUCGUGUGCCGGGACUUGGGGCUGUCUGAAGCUCUGGUGCUGACCAGUGACUCUGAGAACGAGGUUUUCUGUGACUCUGUGGACUCUGUGGAUCAGCUUGACACAAAGAUGUUGAAUGGUUUCUGUGAGCGGCACCCACAGAGGCCGCUGGAGAAGAAGGCAGGGGCUCGACAGGUCGGGGCGGGACAGGGGGGAGAGGGCGCCUGGGACGGCAGGGGACCCAUGAGGAACCGCAGCAGUGGACGAGGCGCUUCUCACUGGAGGGGACGAGGCCCGGCCGAGGGCGACAUGAGGCGUCCGGGACCCGAGGGCAACAGGGGGGCGGGUGGAGGGGGAGGGGGGGACAGGAGGGGGUCCUGGGGGGUCCAUGAGGCUCAGCUCCAGCAGCAGAUCAUCCUGGCUCUGCACCGGCUCCGACAGGACAUGAAGAGUGUGGGCCAUCGCCUGGAGCUGCUGGAGCGACUGGCAGCGACAAACGCGCUGGGCUCAGAGGAGGCUCUGUGUUUUCACUGCGCAGGCUGCAUUUGUGAGCAGGAGAAGUGGUGGCCUUUCGACGUGUCGGGCCCCACGCUGCUGCUGUUCCUAGUGUGGCCCUUUGUGGCUCACGGUCUUCUCUCUCUGCUCAGAAAAGGCAAUCACAGAAGAAUACCCUCCUGA